CGAAAGAGGUAUGCACCAGGUGCGAACCUUUAUUAAUGAUUGAUGCUCAAAGGGAGAACCAACGACGAGCAGAACACGCAGAGCGAUGCGGACAAUCAAGCUCGUCGUUAUAGGUGCUUCAGGCGUAGGCAAGACUUCUCUCCGCGGUCAGUACAUAUCAGGCCGUUUCUCCACCGGCUACCGCGCAACAAUCGGUGCAGACUUCAUCACCAAAUCCCUUCCUGAUCCAAAAGUACCAACAGAAAUAAUCUCUCUUCAAAUAUGGGACACAGCAGGCCAAGAACGCUUCUCCUCCCUCUCCUCCGCAUUCUUCCGCGGCGCGGAUGCCGUCCUCCUCAUGUUCGACGUCAGCGCACCCGAAACUAUGCACGCGCUCACAAAAUGGUGGGAAGAGUUCAAGCACCGAGCGCCGGUUAGCGAUGAAGAAGCCAACAACUUUUGCUGUGUGGUUGUGGGGAACAAGAUGGAUCUGUUAAAACCCGGGAUGGGCGUUACUGUGGAGGAGGCUCAGAAAUUCGUGCAGGAGCUUGUACCUCCUUCUGAACCUGAGAUACAGCCUAUGGAGCGUGUGGAGGGAGAAAUCUUGGUCGAGGAUAUUGUUUCAGAGGAGGAUGGAGAUAUCAUUCUCGAACACGAAAAUGAACACGGGGCUGACAUCGACACCGACACCGACCCAGCGCUCCUCACGCCCUCCGCCCGAAUAGACAUACAAAACCACCACAAACUCUCAAAGUCGCGUUCCCGCUCGAGUACACGACACGCCAGCACCUCAUUCUACGGGACCUUCCGCUCUGGCGUUACCUCCUUCCACACCCCCUCUUCGUCCGUCUCUGUCUCUGUCUCUGAUGUGUAUGCGAGCGCGCGUUCUUCCCCGCUUCCAGGAUCCCAGCCCGGAUCUCCAAGAGUCAGGAGAAUGACGAGUUUAUCUAGUACGACGACGUCUUCUUCUUCGUCUGCGCUUACUAUCACGCCGAGUCUAUUCAUGAAAGCCCAACAUCCUACUACGCCACCCACCCCAUCUCAACUACUCCCAGACCUACCCUCUACCGACAAUGACACCGACACUCCAUCAUUCAAUCCUCCAGAACCACCAGAUACAGGCCCCAAGCUCUUCUUCACCUCCGCAAAGACUGGAACAGGCGUAAGCGAGGCGUUUGAGUAUAUCGCAGUGCGCGUGGUGAGGAAGUGGGAGUAUGAAGAAGCUGUGGAGGCGAGGACGUUUGGUGUGAGUGAUGAGAGUGAUGGUGAUACGGUUAGGUUGGGGUUGGAGGAGGGGAGGAGGAAGUGGAAUACGCCGGGGGUGUGUUGUGGGCAAUAACGAAGGUUGGGGGUGUGGGCGAUGACGACAUUAAUAUUCACUCGAGGGAGGAUAAAUGUUCGUAAAGAAUUUAUUGGUAUUUCCUUUUCUUUAUUCCGGUCUUUCAUGUUCAUUAAUAUUGUACCGAUACCCAUUAGCUUGAACGGGGACUAUCAUAAUUUAUCUGGAAUUUAUUGUAGACUCCUUCGAGUUGUGUGGAUUUUGGAAUAGAUUUUAUUCAUGUGUUG